CAUUACUGACACACAGACAGGCUAUACUGCAAAGUCAAUCUCAGGGGAAUAUGCAGACCUUCCGACAGUCGGACCAAUCAUAGUCGAGCUCGGCGUUAUAAUAAGGGCACGCACUCACAGGAGUCGCUCGCUCAGUCACCAACACGAACUACCCAACUGUGUGAUCGUUGGGACUACAAUGCCUUGGAGAGGUACCCGACGUGGACAUGCGCAGCAGCAACAACGACGAUGCUGUUUUAGAUGCAGAACCCUGAACGGAAACUUUUGAGAUCUGUCUGGGAAGUCGUUCAUUCAUAGAUGAAAGCGGCAUCUAUGGACGAGAUCCCACGGGAGAAUGGAAGGACUUUAUUUCAACACGCACAUGUGAGCUUGGAGGAGAACGUGUUCGUUUACAUGGUGCACCGAGCUGUGUAACUUUCCUUUACCCAUCACUUAGUGUGCACGUCUUAUCUUAGACUGAACAGACACAACUCUUUACAAUGUCAACCGGCAUCAGGAGGAGGAUGAUGAUCCUUGGACUAUUUCAGAUUUUCUUCACAUGUGGCAGUGCGCUGGCGCCCGCCCCCCUGGACUGCGGCGUGGCGGAGCAGGGCUGCCUGCAGCAGGAGCCCUGCGCCGUGCUCUACCGCCUGCUGGAGUACUGCGUGGCCGAGGAGGCCGUGGCGCCGCUGGGGGCCGACGCCCGCUGGGAGUGCCUGGAGGCCCAGCACGCGCUGCAGCAGUACCGCCCCCUGCAGGCCUGCAAGUGCCAGCGGGGCUCGCGGCGGGAGGAGCACUGCCUCAAGGUGUACUGGACGGUGCGCUUCUCAGCCUACGAGGAGUAUGAGGUCUCUCCUUACGAGGAGUUGGAGCUGAACCUUGUGAGGAACGUAGAGAUGUCCCACAUGGCCUCAAUCAUGUCAGCCUCGUCCCACGCGGUAGACGGACAGAACCAGUGUCUGAAGGCGGCGCAGGACUGCGGCCUGUUCGAGAAGUGCGGCUCCCUGCGCUCUGAGUACGUGGUGGCGUGCACCAAGCGCGCCACGGGCUCCGACAGCGGCUGCAACCGGCAGAAGUGCCACCGGGCGCUGCGCCGCUUCCUGGAGCGCGUGCCCGACGAGUACAGCUUCGCCCUGCUCUUCUGCCCCUGCUCCGACCCGCUGUGCGGGGAGCGACGCCGCAAGACCAUCGUCCCCUCGUGCUCCUUCGAGGAGAGCGCCCGGAGCGGGGAGGAGAGGGCGGAGAAGCCCAACUGCCUCAGCCUGCAGACGUACUGCUACAAGGACCAGCUGUGCAGAUCCCGCUUUGCAGAUUUCCAGCGCAACUGCCAGCCCUCUUCUCUCUCUCCGUCGGGCUGCGGGCAGGAGAGCCGAGCCAGGUGUCUGCAGGCAUACAAGGGACUCAUAGGUACCAUUAUGACCCCUAACUACAUCAGUAACAGCAGCACGGAGGUGUCCCAGUGGUGCACGUGUGAGGCCAGCGGCAAUGAGUGGCAGGACUGCCAGCAGAUCCUCAACAUGUUCAGCAGCAACACCUGCCUCCGAAACGCCAUCAGUUCCAUGGGAGUGGAGGUUGGCGGCGGCGGUUCUCCCGUGGACAGCACGCCGCCGCCGCCAGCCUCUCGACCCCCACCCCCACCCCCGGUCAUCCAGGAGCAGCCCCGGGUCAGUGUCCAGACCCUCCAGGACUUCACCAGAUUUGAGAGCAGCGAGGACAAACAGAAGGAAGAGGAGGAAGAAAGCCAAGACUUAAACAUCAUCCCACCAUUUUCUGAAAAGGACCCUGGUAUGGAAUCAGGGGCCCGAGGCAGCCACCGGGGGGCCGCCUCCACACCGGGCCCCCUGCUGCCCCUGCUGCUGUGGCUGGCCCUCUGGUCCCUCAGCCUGAGCCCACAGUAGGUUUGGGGUCCUUCACUGGCGGCCCUCGGUGGGCCCCAUCCUCCCUCCCUCCCUCCCUCCCUCACACGCACCACAUCACAGAAGCUUGGCCCUACCAACAACACAAGAAAAAUGAGACUUGAGGAAAGUUGCAGAUUUCCAUCUGGACCAUUGGUCAUUAAUAUUGGUUAUUUUCCGUCAUUGUAAUUUAAAUUGUUAUGUUGGUCAUGAAGUCAUCCACUACAUGCUGGUGGCAUUGAUAGGUCUGAUCAAGUCUAGACGUGGCCGAGAGUAUAUUGGUGCCAUCAACAAGAAGGUUUGUAGUGAGACAGUGGGGGGGCUGUAAAGAUGGACAAUGUGUACCGGUCCCACACUGAGCCAAUGUCCUGGAAGAAGAAGCGGUGUCUCUCGGACAGAACUAUGUUUCCUGAUUGCUUUCAGGCCAGCCUCUGGCUUUUGAUCAUCAUUGCAUGGCAGUCUUCAAAUUUCAUUCUCUUCGAAAUCCUCCUUGUUCCUAUUUAAAGUAAUAAGUAAGUAAGUAAUAAUCGCAAAGAUUUUCAUUGAAAUAAAUGUCUGUUAAGUCAUUGUCCAUCUCCAAAUGAGGUAACACAAUGGUGAUUAAGCCUAUUGCCCUUUGAUGGAAGCCUUUGCAUUAGCAGGGCUAUGAAAGUUAAGAACUGGGUGUUGGUGGCAACAAUCCUGGGAAACUUCCCAAACGGGGACAGUUUGUGACGCAUUUUGCAUGACCCAGAAGUGGUUGGGCCACCAGAGAGGGUAGAGGUUUUUGCUCCAUUCUCCGCUAGCGUUCCCAGUAGAACCAAAAAGACAAUUAAAUACAGGUGACAUUGUUUCAAUCACUGGGCAAACAACUAAACAACACCUGCAAUUACUGCUCAUCCCCCAUAGUUGUCACCAACAAAAGCCAAACCCAAAUCUUUGGCACAUUACUGCUUUAGCUAUGACAUACUAACACUUAUUGACAACUGUAAAUACAAACAAAACAUUUAGCUAAAUUUUUGAUUCCAUUCAUGGAAACUUUUCUCCAACGCCCCCACCUUAAGCGAUAACACCUCAUAUUGAAUCUAGUCCAUGUGUGUUUUCAAACCAUGCACGAGGACCUUGCGUCCAUUAAACGAGACACAACCAUCAUUCUAUAAGCGCCACAGAUGGACGCCAAAUAUCGCCAUUUAAAUGCCGACUGACCGCAGCUCUGUUUGACCCGAGGGGAACAAUAUGGACAAAAUAAAUCAGCAUCGGCAAUAAGAGCAGAAUCAAAUUGCUUGACAUUAAGAGGAAGUUCCCCCAACUGGGCUCAGGGGAGGGGAAAGAGGGGAAGUAAUUUUACUGCUGGUAUACUGCGUUUCUUUUUAUCCUGAGGAAAAGGGCUGUUAAUGUUCCUCCACGUGAAUGUGUGGCCGUGCGGAGCCUCUCGGCUGCUCUAAUCGUGCAGAAGCACAUGGAGCUAUUCUCUCUGCCCGAUAGAUUUUUCGCUGAUGUUAAUGAAUUUCUUUUUUUUUUUUCCUCAUGGCAAAAUUGCUCUGCUGCAAGGGAUGAAGGUGUGGGGAAGGAGAGGGUGGGGGGGCUGUGGCAGAGCCGCAGAGCCAAAGUUUGGUAUAAAUUGCGGGUGUGUUUUUUUCAGUAAGAAUUUAACUUUUAUUUUCAUGAAACUUGGAAAAGACCCACUUCCGCCUUCUCUCGCCUCCCCCCCGCCGUCAGCCGCGGGCUACGUGUAAUCUCUGAAAUGUCAAUGUUCACCACUCCCCGACAUUUAUCUGGCUUGCUGUUUGUUUCUGCCGUGUUUGGAUUAGGGGUGUUUGUACAAAGACAAGCGUGAAUCAUUCACGUUUAUCGAGCUCCCAAGGGCACAUAAUUACAGCCAUAAACAAAAGGAUGAUCGCUGCCGGCGUCAACCAGCCACGGUGGUUCCUGUGCUCCUCGGAAAUUGAAUGUAUUUUUCCAUAUUAUUCAUCAUUCAUUCUAUCGAUCUCCCAAACAUAGAGGGGCAUUUGCAAGAUGAGGAUGAUUUAAAAUGUCAAUAUGAGCAAUGAUACACAUUAUAUUAUAUUAAGUCAUUGAAGUUCUACAUUCCUGAUGAACAUGGACUUUAUCUAAAUAAAUGUUUAGAUUUGUGUACUUAAAAGGGGGGCCACAAGCAGAUGCUGUUGUUAACAUACUUACUGUACAUACCCCUUAUUCCCAAAGCUCCUACUUACAACUGUCAUUUAUUAGACAUUUAAUACGGUGACUACAGAGACAGCUCGUUAAGCAGCACGUAGGGUCCAUACAGUGGACAGGCACAGGUCGUUAAAGAGCAGGUAUAGGGGUGAGACAGUGAAUACAUAAGACAUGCAAGGAGCAGGUAGGGGCUAGACAGUGAACACAUAAGACAUGUUAUCAAGGAGCAGGUAGGGGUUGGACAGUGAAAACAUACAGUAGACAUGUUAUCAAGGAGCAGGUACGGGUUGGACAGUGAAUACAUAGACAUGUUAUCAAGGGGCAGGUAGGAGUUGGAUAGAGAAUUCAGAGACAGGACAUACAGGAGCAGGUAGGGGUUAGACAGUGAAUCCAGAGACAGGUCAUACAGGGGCAGGUAGGGGUAGGAAAUCUUACUCAAGGAUGCUUGCUAGGUAAAGCGGGGAGUUUGACUGAAAGUGAAACCUAUGAUCAGACUAUGACGACUUUUAUUGGUUUGGUAGGGUGACUCUCGAUGAACAGAUAAUAGAAAACUAUUGUAGAAAUAUAGAAAACUCAGACAUAAAGAAACCUUUGUCCCAAAUCACACCAAAGAACUGAACAGCAUACAUCCCCCCCGUGACAACGUCAACCCUCCCAAUGGCUACUUCUAACUUUGGCAUCAACUGAAGCGAAUCCCCCCCAUCAUGAAGUUAAUGGGGCUGUAGUUUGAGUCCCAUUACCCCUCAGCCACGUUACGCAGAUACAAAAGAUUAGUGAUUAAGUUGUUGUUCAGUAAGCUCGGAGCCAGGGGGCCAUGCAGGAAGCAGGCUCUGUUUGGAUUCUUCAUGUGCAGACAAAAACGAUUAAACUGGAAUAUACGAACUGGUCCGACCAUAUUCAAGAAUGUGGCCAAUAAAUCUGAAUCUAUGAUUAUGAUGUGAUGUCGCCGAGGACUGCGUCAGAGUCUAGACUGGGCAUGCACAGCACUUAAUCUAGGAAGUCUGUUAAUAUAGAAGUAUUUAGAGAAUAGGAGGGUAACAUCCAAACAUGUCUAUCAAUGCACUCUGGCCUUAACAAGUGAACAUGCUUUUCACACUGCAAAACAUGUUGGUUUACAUCUUCAAACGGGAAGAAUAUUUCCUUAUGAGACGCAUUAUUUCCAAUAGCAAACAUCAGUGGGGUAUACAUCUUUAUGGUCAAACACAGGCGUUUUGAAGAUAUACAUGCUAAAUGAUUAUGUAUAUUUGGUGUAAUACUUGUUUUGUUUUUUUCAUAAUCAAUGAUGUGCACAUUUAUUGAAGCAAAAUGUACAAUAAAACGUAAUACGUCUUACAUA